GUUAUCACGUCUGUGAGUUAACAAAUCUCGCUUAGUGCUUACGACACCCACGCACCCUUCCCGUCGCACACCCGACACUUUCACCAUUAUGGCAUGAUAGUCCCGUAGGCCGUAGCGCCACCGCUGCCCGAGUCGUUCGCGUCCUCCGACCCUUUCUCCCCUGCUCCAACCAACAGCAUUCAACAGGCUAUUUUUAUCCCCCGUGCACAUGCUCGCGACGAAUAUACAUAUAUAAUACAAUAACAAUAUUAUUAUCAACUAUUUUUAUUAUUAUUAUUAUUAUUAUUAUCGCCGCCGCCGCCGCCGAAAUUUUCGUCUUCGCCGCUGCACCAGCACUGAGCACUUUGAACAGACCGCGACUAGACUAUGCGACCGGCUCCCUUCCUCCUCUAUAACUGUUGUAGUACGAUCAGCAGCGGCAACGGCAUCAUCGCUAUCGUCAGCAGCAGCCGUGUCUUUACCGGUCUGCCUCGACGACUCUCGUUCUGAUUCCGUUCGUACCAACGGAAAUAGUUUUUCGGGACCGAGUAAGAAGAAGAGGAGAAAUCUCGUCCGAGACAACCCCCGCACGCCUACAGUCGCCCCCGCACGCCCCGUCGAGUCCGACGAACACGCGACUGCUGAUUGCCGACUGACCUACACACACCGCGGGCGGAAGCUAUAACGAUGCCGCCGGAUAUAAGCAAUCGUACGCGUGUGAGCGUCGACAAAUUAUUGUACAGUCGUGACGUGCCGUCCAUCAUGCCGGGUGUUUGCAGCGAUCCGAACUUUUUCGAGACUACCGUCGAGCCUCUGCUCGCGGCCGGCCGCGAGGGCGACCUAUGCGAGUGGCUCAAGAAAAACGGACUGAUUGCCAAGGAACAGAAAUGCCCGAACUCCAAGUGCCUAACCACGGACAAGAUGCAGUGGCAUCGCGCACGCGUCGUCGAUAAGUUCAACUGGAUGUGCCUAACGUGCAAGAAAAGGGUGCCGGUUAGGAAUGCGUCCUUCUUUGCUGACUUCAAGUGCGAGCUGAGUUAUGCGCUGAGAGUCAUUGACGGUUGGUGUAAGAAUAUGCCGCUUAGCGAUUUCGGUGGUGAAUGCAAAAAUAAAGUAAAUCUAGCCAAACGUAUUUACGCUGCAUGUACUCAAGUAUCUGAGUGGCAGUUGAAAAAAAUUGUUGGUGACUUCAAACUGGGCGGCACAGAUGUUGUAGUCAUCGUAGAUGUGUUUCCAGAUGGCAACAUGAGUUUGGAAGUACCAACCACGUCUCAUAAUAAUAACUUUUCCAAAAGAGUGCUAUGCAUUGCUGAUACUGCCCACGUUCCCGUUCGUGUGUGGGCAAGCCUUCUAGAUGGAUCUAAUAAAGAAAAUUCUAAAAUAGUAGAAAUGGUGAAAAACCAUGUUAUGCUGGGUUCAACUAUUGUAACAAAUGAAAUGUUAUAUCCAUUGUUGCACAAUUUACCUGGAAUAGGAGAAGUCAUAAGCACAGAAGCAUUGAUGAAUUUGGACAUUAACCACGAUCACAAAUCUUUAAAAAAUUUAGAAACAAUAUGGGCUACCACCGUAGAAGCCUGUAUUCACUUACAAGACUUGAGUACAGCACUUGCUGAACAGCAUCUAAUAGAACUACAGUGGAGACAAAUGUAUGGAUUUAUAGCGUUUCCUUCUUUGAUACAACAUAUUGUCGAGUAUACAGCUUACAAUAACCCAAAAUGUCCACCUUUGCCAAGCAUUUGGCCAACAAAUUAAAUCAAUUGAUAAGUACAAAUAUUAGCUUAUUGCUAAACCCACCGUUUAAUAUUAUAUACAUGGUAAUUUUUGUCAAUUAUUGUACGACAUUAUGACUACUAUUAAGUUUGAAGAAGUUAAGUUUAUAAAUCUUAUUCAUAACGAUUAUUUUCAAAAAUAACAAUUAUCAUAAUGACAUCUAGACAUAAUUUAAUUUUUAAAUAAAACGCUGAUAUGCUGAAUAAAAAUACUUCAUAAUAUUUAUAACAUUUAAAUCAACAAAAUAAAGAUCCAAAAUAAUUUUUUUUUGUUUUAACCAAAAAUAAUUAAUAUACUGAAGAAACCUUUAUUUAUUAAAUAUUUUUUGUGUUCUGUGCGCUAAUUUUAUAUUUUUAAUCCAAGGCAAUACCUAGUAUAUAUUAUAUUUUUAAAUUUAUACUUUUCAAUUGAACAUCACAUUUUAUAAGAUUAAUUGAUCUUUAAAAAUAUUUUAAAAAGGAUGUUUUUCCCCACCUUUGACUUACUUGUUCUUAUUGGUUUCAUUAAAUGUAUAAUAAUUAUAUAUUAUUGUUUAUGAAUUAAUUGAUACUUUUUUAACAAUCAAAAUAAAUAUCAAUACAUUUAAAGUCCAACACUAAAACUAAAAUUUAAUAAUCCACAUAUUUAAUAUUUUGUUAUGGGAUACAUAUCAGUUGUUUUUAAAUAUAUUAUUUAUAUUGCAAUAUUUUGGAAAAUAAUAAGUAUAUUGGUAUACUUAUAUUAAAUUUCCCAACUUAAAGUUAUUUAAUAUACUAUGUUGGUAUUAUAAUAUAUUAACUACACAGUUUAUCUAUUUUUUUGUUUAAUAAUUCUUCAGAAUUUUAUAACUAUUUUCUAAUUGAUUGGAAAUAUUUUGCUUUUCAAAAAAUAUAAUUAAAUAGAUAUUAAUGUAAUUAAUAUUGUCAAAGACUGGUUUUUUAAACAGAUUUUUACUUUAUUUAAUUUAAAUAAUUUGGUGCCAUUCUAUAAGUUAAAUAUAUUAAGAAAGGUAAUGCAAAAGCAAUAUUAAAUUAAUAAAUAAAUAUUUACAAAUGUUAAAAAGUACAGGGUAAUUCAGCUACAGCCAAAACAUAAUGUCUUUUUUUACUAUAAAAUGUACAACUUAAGCUUACUUGUGAUUUUACACCAGUGAUGUUUUCUCAUAUGAAUUAAGGACUUAAGGAGUCAGGAUUAAAUAUUUGAUAAUGUGCAUUAAUUGUAUACUUAUGGUAGAUAGUUACUCCAUUUUUAUUUUUUACAUCACUCAACAUUGUUAAAGUCUGUUAUUCGGAACUAAUGUAAAUAAUUUGUAGAAAUAACUUAAAACAUGUUUAAAGUUAAUAUAAUAAAAUAUUGUUUAAGUUUAAAAUUGAAUUUGUUUAUAUGAGUACGCUAUAUAGGUUCUUCAUGAUGCAUUUAACAGCAAAAAUAUUAUUUAAUAUUUUUAUAUAAUAUAUAAUAUAUUUAUAAUCUAUUCAAAUGUGGUUGUAUUUCGUGUUAAACACAAUUACAAAAUCAGUGAAUUAUUAUUUACAAAUAUUGAUUAAUUUGUAGUUUCUUUUCUAUUGUGUGAUAAAUUUUUAUUUUUAUUGUCUAUUGAUUAACGUUAAUUUUUUUUUAUCUAAUAGAGAAUGAAGAACUUAUGCUUAACACUUAGUACACUUUAAUUUUAUCAAUAUAAUAUGUCUCAUACUUUUUUAUUUCAUUAUAAAGGGUAAUGCUAUUAAUAUUAAUCUUUUAUUAUUUAUCUAAAAAUUAAAUAUCCUGUUAACAUAUUUUAAAUCAUUGUAUGUUGCAAAAUCACUUAAAAUAUAAAAUAUGUUACAUAAUUAAAUUGUUAUUUUGUAUUAGCAACAAUAAUAGAACUUUUCAAGUGCCUUUUUACUGUUACAUUAAUGUCUAAAGCUCAAAAAAUAUUUUAACUUUAAUGUCUGUAAAAUAGUAAUAUUAUUAAAUAAGAUUUUACCUAUAAUUAUCCUUAAACAUUUUGUUUAGUAAUUUCAUUGUUUGUAUGUAUUGUCCUUUUAAGUUUUUGAUUAAAUUAUAAUCUAUUCCUGUUACUAAUACCUAAAUCUUAAUUGUUUUCUAAAGUGAAUUAUUAUUAUUACAUUGCUAUUGUUGCCUUUUUUUCAAUGUUAGACUUAAUUUAUACCAAAGGCUUUUAUUUUUAUCAUUUUAUAUUGUCUCAUGAUGUUGAAAUAAUAUUUAAACGUGUUACUUAUGUUCUUAUUAUAUUUUUCAUUGUACAAUUAAAACAAUUUACCAGUUGUAAACAUUUUGCAAAAUGAUUACUUUAUUU